UGUCAGCUGUCACUGUAAACGCCGAGGUCAAGGGGAACGAAGCAUGGCUGCGUUGUUCAGAGGGUCUCGGAAUUUGUUGCAAAGGUGCAAUAAACAACAUGUCCAUCUGGUUCUGGUGUCUAGCAGGUCGAUGGCCUCUAAGACUCCAGUGGGGUUCAUUGGGCUGGGGAACAUGGGCAGCCCCAUGGCCAAGAACCUGCUGAAGCACGGAUACCCUGUCAUCGCCACCGACGUCUUCCCUGAGUCCUGCAAGGAGCUACAAGACGAGGGGGCACAGAUCCUGGACUCCCCAGCAGAGGUUGCAGAUAAAGCAGACAGGAUCAUCACCAUGCUCCCCUCCAGUCCCAACGUCAUCGAGGUCUACACUGGACCCAACGGCAUCCUCAAGAAAGUGAAGAAGGGAACGCUGCUCAUCGAUUCCUCCACCAUCGACCCCUCCGUCUCCAAGGAAAUGGCCCUCGCCGCCGAGAAGAUGGGCGCCGUGUUCAUGGACGCUCCCGUGUCAGGAGGUGUGGGAGCAGCCAGCUUGGCUAAGCUAACCUUCAUGGUAGGAGGGGUUGAGGAGGAGUACACUGCCGCCCAGGAACUGCUCACCUGUAUGGGAGCUAAUGUAGUGUACUGCGGACAGGUUGGCACAGGACAGGCAGCUAAGAUCUGUAACAACAUGCUGUUAGCGAUUGGGAUGAUCGGGACUGCAGAGACCAUGAACCUCGGAAUCAGGUUGGGUCUGGACCCUAAACUGCUGGCUCAGAUUCUGAACAUGUCAUCAGGCAGGUGCUGGUCCAGUGACUCGUAUAACCCAGUACCAGGUGUCAUGGAGGGAGUCCCCUCUGGUAACAACUACCAGGGAGGCUUUGGGACCACGCUCAUGGCCAAGGACCUAGGCCUGGCCCAGCACACAGCCACCAACACUAAGACCCCUGUCCCCCUGGGCUCGCUGGCCCAUCAGAUCUACCGGGUCAUGUGUGCCCGCGGCUACGCCAACAAGGACUUCUCCUCUGUGUUCCAGUUCCUACGUGAACAGGAGGAGGAGCCAGAAAAGAAGGGGGACUAGAACCCCUUAACUUAUCCCCCCACCACACCCCUACUUCCCCCACCCACACCCCUACUUCCCCCCACCACACCCCUACUUCCCCCACCCACACCCCUACUUCCCCCACC